CCAUCCAUGCUACGCGUCGCGCACCCGCCCUCAUGCAGAGAGCUGCCCUCUCAACCUGGUCGGCAGUUCCCGCUGGUCCUCCCGACCCGAUUCUCGGCAUCACCGAGGCCUUCAAGGCCGACACCGACUCUCGCAAGAUCAACCUCGGUGUGGGUGCCUACCGUGAUGAAAACGGCAAGCCUUAUGUUUUGAACGCCGUUAAAAAGGCUGAGGAGAUAAUCACCGCCGCCAAGCUUGACAAGGAGUACCUUCCUAUCACUGGUCUUGCCUCGUUCACCAAGAACGCUGCAAAGCUUGCCUACGGCGCUGAGAGCGUCCCCCUUAACCAGAACGCGGUUGCUGUCACGCAAGCCAUCUCUGGUACUGGUGCGCUCAGGAUUGGUGGUGCAUUCUUAGCUAGACAUUAUCCUGGCGCCAAGGCUAUCUACCUCCCUACACCUUCGUGGGGCAACCACAAGCCUUUGUUCAUGGACUCUGGCCUCGAAGUUCGCCAGUACCGUUACUUUGAUAAGAAGACGGUCGGCCUUGACUUUGCUGGCCUUAAGGAAGAUCUCAAGAACGCUCCAGAGGGGUCUAUAGUCCUCCUUCACGCUUGUGCCCACAACCCGACCGGUGUUGAUCCUACCCAGGCUCAGUGGGCAGAGAUUUCCGACGUUAUCGCUGAGAAGAAGCUCUUCCCCUUCUUCGACAUGGCAUACCAGGGCUUUGCUUCUGGUUCGACCGACCGCGACGCCUUUGCGGUUCGCCACUUCGUCAAGCAGGGUCACCAGGUUGCGCUCGCACAGUCAUUCGCCAAGAACAUGGGUCUCUACGGUGAACGUGUUGGUGCCUUCUCUCUGACGACGAAAGACGAAGAGGAGAGGAAGCGCGUGGACAGCCAGAUCAAGAUCAUCGUCCGCCCCAUGUACUCCAACCCUCCGCUUCACGGUGCCCACAUCGCGAACACCAUCCUCAGCAACCCCGAACUCUACACGGUGUGGGAGGGCGAGGUCAAGGGUAUGGCCGACCGCAUCAUCAGCAUGCGUGAGCGUCUCUACGAGCUUUUGACUAACGGCUUCCAAACUCCCGGCGAGUGGGGCCACAUCAAGAGCCAGAUUGGCAUGUUCAGUUUCACUGGUCUGAAGACCGAGCAGUGCAAGACAUUGGCUGAGAAGGCUCACGUAUACAUGACUAUGGAUGGCCGCAUUUCGAUGGCCGGCUUGAACGGCAACAACAUCGAGUACUUUGCGGAGAGUGUUGACGCCGCCGUCAAGGGCAAGCUCUAGAGACAGUCUGUCAACAUGCUUGAAGGCGUCGUGGCAGCAUAACUUAUAUGAUAGAGUCUGGUAUUCAUUGUUGUUGUUGUCAGUAAUACAGGGUCAAUAUAUACUAACCUUGACCACUUCGUUCCACUGUAGUAUAUCAAAAUGACGUUCGCGUACGUAGGUGUAUGUGCAUGUGUCCAACAAAGUGAUUCCGAGUAAUGGAGUGAUUAUAUCGAGUCAGCCAUAUAACGAGGCAGUAAUCAGCUCAAAGCUUCUCGUCCGGCGAAGCUGCUUGCGUUUGCUCCCCUGCAUCAUUGGCCUCAUCUUUGACAGAUGGUUCCAUUGCCACACCAACCGACUGAAUUUCUUUCUCAACCACUUCUUUCUCGCUAACCGUCUCAGCGCUAGACACUGUCAAUGAUUCCUCGAUGCCUUUGGUUAUCCUGUCGACUUCUUCGUCUGACGUCUCUUCCACGGGCUUCUCAACCUCAACGCUGUUGAUGGUGGUAGCCCAUUCUUCAUCCAAUUCCUUCUCCCAACCCAACUCUCGACAAAGCUUCCUCACUAUCUCGUCACACUUGCCUAGGCAGACGAUGUCAGCCUUUCGAUUGAAAUGUCCCACCUCGUCCAUAUUGAUGAGGACCCUCGGGCAGAUGUCAGGAACAAGCUCUGUGAGCGAAGCGAACGGGUGCACUGUCAGCGAUGUGCCCAUGACUAUGAGCAGAUCUGCACGGCGCAGAGACGGGAUGGACAGAUGGAACUCGGUCGGUAGUGCUUCGCCGAAGAAGACAAUAUCCGGCUUUACCAGACCUUUGCACUUCUCGCACCGCGGAAUGGAGGCGUCUGCGACAACCUUUUUCAUCUUGUCGCUGUCGAACUCUCGCUUGCAAUCUAUGCAUCUCUGCGUUGCAAAGCUUCCAUGAGCCUCAAUGAUCUUCUUGGGGGGCACACCGGCCCGACGUUCGAGGGUAUCGAUGUUUUGAGUGAAGCAGGUGUGCAGCAUCGAGUGCCUGUGCAGCAACUUGAUGAACGAGUGGGUGAGCGUGGGCCUGUAACGGCCCGGGUAGAGCUCUUUCGCUAGUGUAUAGA